AUGCCAACUAGCUUUCUUAUAAUGCAAAAUGUAGGAAACAUUACUCCAGAACAAAAUACACCUAAAACUGAAAAUGUUACUCCAGAGCAAAAUCUGCCAUCAACUCCUAAAGCAAAUGAAUUUGAGUUUUAUGAUAAGAAAAGAAAAUGGUAUAGAGUUAAAGAAGAUUUUUGCAUAUUACAUAACAAAUAUCAUUUUAUUAAAGCAAAUAAUGGAGAAAAAAUUAUUGAAGCAUACAAAAGAAUUAAUAAUGAGUCUGAAGCUAUUGCUAAAAAAACCAAUAGUAGAAUUGAUAUAUGUAAAUCUGAAAAUUAUACAUUAACAACUAUAAAAUUUUUCAAAGAAACCACUUUAGCACCUCAAAAAAGUGAAAAAAUAACAACAACUGGUGCUCUAAUAUUUGCAGAAAGAUAUGAAGAAAAAGCUAAUCAAUAUGAUUUUUAUACUAUAAACUCAUCUUUUACAGAAAAAUGGAGUAAAUUUCCAUAUAGAAUUAAUAAAGCAACAAUAGAAGGAAAUCCUCCAAAGAAAAGUCUUCAAUGUAUGAAAUAUUUACAUUAUAAUCUAUAUAAAAUUUAUACACAUUAUGAUUUAGAAUGUGUGCGAAAAAAUGGAUUAAAAGUAACAUUAAUGAAUAUAUUACCAAAUGCAUUUAUUUAUGAAAGAAAUGUAUGUAUAACAGAAAAAGACAUGUUUGGUGAAUGGGAUAAUAUAUUAUACAAAAUUAAAAAAGAAGGUGAAAUAGAAGAAAAAGUUACAUCUGCACGAAAAAGAAUAUCAGAAAUUGUGAAGCCACUAGGAGAUCAAGUAAAAUGUAUAUAUACAGAUGGCUUUAUUAUAGCUGGAAAAGUAGAACUUAAAACAGAAAUAGAAAUAAGUGAGCUGAAAUUUGAGAAAAAUGGACAGAAUACAAUAUUAGAUACAGAGUAUCCUGCUUCACAGAUAGCAAAAAGAAAACUAUCAAAAAAGUCUGAUAUAAAUCUUUUGAAUAAAAUUAUAAUAGAAAUAUUUCAACAUUUAUAA